AGUGUCCUUUUGUUGCCUUUGGUCAACAUUUGUCGAAGUACAGGGCCUAGCACUAAACUGAUAAACGUUUGCAAUAUGUAUUAUUUAUCUCAGAAAGAUGCUGCAGAAUUGGAUCAGGAUUUAUUUAAUGAAUAUAAGUUUAGUGUAGAUCAACUAAUGGAAUUGGCAGGUUUAAGUGUUGCUGCUGCGAUUGCUAAGACUUUUCCACCAUCUACACAUAAUUCAGCCUUAAUUAUCUGUGGUCCUGGAAACAAUGGUGGGGAUGGAUUAGUGGCUGCUCGCCAUAUGACAUUAUUUGGAUAUAAUGUUUCAGUUCAUUAUCCAAAAAGAACACCAAAACCUUUAUAUGAAAAUCUGCUCCAUCAAUGUGAACAAUUUGGUGUCCACAUAGUAGAAAAGUUACCACAACCCAAUGAAUUACGAAAUGAUUAUAAAGUAUUGGUUGAUGCUCUCUUUGGCUUCAGUUUUAAACCACCUGUUAGAGAAGAACUGAAACCUGCUCUGGAUGCCUUAAUUGAAGGGGGAUUGCCUGUCUGCAGUGUUGAUAUUCCAAGUGGCUGGGAUGUAGAGAAAGGGCCAAUAUCUGAGAAGUCCUUAAAGCCUGCACUGUUAAUAUCAUUAUCAGCACCAAAGCAAUGUGCUAAGCAAGAAUUUAUCGACACAGCCAAGCAUUUCUUAGGUGGCCGUUUUCUGCCACCCGGUAUUAUUACUAAAUAUAAUUUAAAACUUCCUGAAUAUCCGAACCAAGAUCAAAUUGUAGAAAUAUGUUAAUUUUAUAUGAUAAUGUAAAUAGUUAUUGUAUUUGGCUUAAAUAAUGAUAAAAA